UUUGUGUAAGCAAUUUAGUGUGGAGAUUGAAUGACUGGUAUUAUAAUCUCAAACAAAGAAACAAACAGUACCCUCUUCCUCCUGGUGAUUUGGGAUGGCCAUUCAUCGGCGAUAUGUUAACCUUUGUUAAACACUUCUCAUCUGGUCAUCCUGAUUCUUUCAUCAAAAACAUCGUUUCCAAGUAUGGGCGAAACGGUAUCUAUAAGUCACACUUGUUUGGAAGUCCGAGCAUAAUCAUAUGUGAAGCUGAUUUAAUUAUGAAAGUGCUAACAGAUGAUGAGACUUAUAAGUUUAGUUAUCCAAAAUCAACGGUAGAAUUGCUUAAAUAUAAACCCUAUUGGAGUUUUUCUCGAAAAGAACAAAUGCUUUUUAGACGCAUAAUCUCUUCUCUUACUCUGAACAACACUUCAUUAGAAAAUUACCUGUCGAAUAUUGAGGAAAUCAUGGUGAAAUCGCUGGAGGAUUUUUCUAGCAUGAAUCGUCCUGUUGAGUUGUUGAAAGAGAUGAAGAAUGUUUCGUUUAAAGUUAUCGUUGGUCUUUUCAUGGGUUCUUAUGAUGAACGAUUCAUGUCCAAAAUAGGGAAUUCUUUUAGUCAUAUGCACUCGGCUUUGUUUUGUAUGCCAUUUAAUCUUCCGGGGUUUGCUUUCCGUAGAGGACUCAUUGCACGUGAGAAGCUAGCCAAAUUAGUGAAACCUAUUGUGAAAGAAAGGAGGUUGAUGAUAAGAAAGGGUGACAAAAAAAAUUUACUUGAUAUUCUUUUACAAGUAAAUGAUGAAGAUGGUUGGAAACCAGAUGAUGAUGAUAUCAUCCAAAUGUUGAUUGCAAUGGUACUUGCUGGUCACGAAACCACUGCACAUGGACUCAUGUGGUCAAUUAUAUAUCUUACACAAAAUCCACAUAUCAUGAAAAAGGCUAAGGAGGAGCAGGAGGAAAUCAUGAAGGCAAGAGAGGGCACAAAGAAAAAAUUAAGUUUUGAAGAGAUUAAGAAAAUGGUUUAUCUCUCUCAAGUCAUCGAUGAAACGUUACGCCAUAUCAGUCUUACUUUUGCACUUUUUCGAGAGACAACUAGAGACGUUAACAUUAAUGGUUAUAUAAUACCAAAAGGAUGGAAAGUCCUUCCUUGGCUAAAAUCUAUUCACAAAGAUCCUACCUAUUAUUCAAAUCCAGAUGAAUUUAAUCCAUCAAGAUGGAAUGAUCACGAUACCAAGCAUGGAACCUUCAUUCCUUUUGGAGUAGGAAGUAGGCACUGCCCUGGGAAUAGCUUGGCCAAAAUUGAAAUUUAUGUAUUUCUACAUUAUUUCAUUCUCAAUUACAAGUAA